AUGUCUGAAUCUCCAGAAACAGUCGUCAUUGUCGGAGCUGGCAUCGUCGGCUCCGCCUUGGCGUACUUCUUGUCUCAGUCCCCCACACGUCGCAACAUCAAAAUCAUCGAUCGUUCCUUCAGUCCCCUUCUCGGAUCAACUGGCCAUGCGCCUGGCUUUGUUGGCCAGUUCAACGAGUCCGAGGUCCUCUCCAAGCUCGCUAUUGAUACUGUGGCAGAGUACACCAAGAUCCCCGGUGGCUUCGACACUGUGGGCGGACUAGAGGUGGCCUUUGAGUCUGAUGGAAUUGAACGGCUCAGGUCUAGAUGCGUAGAUGCUGUAAAACUGGGUCUUUCUGCCGAGAUGCUGAGCAUCGAAGAAGCACACAAGCUCGCGCCGGAGCUAGUCAACGAGACAGGACCAGGCACGGCAGUCUUGUUUUCCAGUGACGGCACCGCAAAUGCUGGCAGAAUCACUUCAUUCUAUCAAGAGGAGGCAAAAGAUUCGGGAGUGGAAUUUGUAUCAGGCGAAGUGAAGAAGCUUGUCAUUUCCAAAGGUCGCGUCACCGGCAUUGAGCUUGGCCAAGACUCGGCUGGGAGACUGAACGCUGACAAGGUCAUUCUCACUACCGGCAUCUGGGCCCAAGACCUUGACAAAGACCUCGAUUUUCCAGUACCAGUCAUUCCCGUCGGACAUCCAUACAUUUACGGCAAGACAAGAGCCAAGAACUCUCGAAAACUCCCAUUCGUUAGAUGGCCAGAGCAUCACGUCUACGCCAGAGAUCAUGGCGAAAGAUACGGCAUCGGCAGCUAUCAUCACGAACCGGUCAAGUGCAAGGCAACCAACAACACUGCCAUCGGAGAGUGGAUCCAGGACUUUAAGCAGCCAUUGAAGUUCGCCACAGGUCUGCUUCCGCCCGCCGCCACCGAGGAGUUCAAGGACGGGGAGAGCUUUAACGGAAUCUUUUCCAUGACGCCAGAUAACAUGCCGUUGGUGGGAAAAGUGAAUUCUCUGCCGGGCCUGCACAUGGGAGUUGCCAUCUGGGUUACGCAGGCUGCUGGUACAGCAAAGUUCUUGGCAAGGUUGAUUGAUGGGUUGGAAGUUGAUCAGCAGACCAAGGAGGCUCUCGACCCAGAGAGGUUCAGAGGUCAAGAUUUUGCUGCGCUGGAGAAACAGUCUCUUCAAGGGUACAACAAUAUCUACAAGACGGUUGGGAAGUAA